AUGUCCCGCUUCUGGCAGCAUGGCUCAGACACGGGCCCCGGCCCGCAUAUCAGCAUCGCAGGUGGUAACGGCGGUAUCGGCGGCGGCGGCAAGCUUGGGGGGAAUGGUGGGCUCGGAAAAGGCCCGCUCUACGACCCCCGGGUGUUGAAGGACUUCUUCCGCAGCGACAUCAAAGGCGGAUACGGCGGUGCCGGAGGGGCGGGCAGCGACCGCGGUGGGGACGGGGGGACAGGGGAAGCCCCGAGGAUGUUCCGUCAACGCCUGCUGAACGUUCUACCGGACAAACUCGACGACCUGCCCCACGCCGAGCUCGAGGACUUCUGCAAGGAAUACCGCCUGAGCAAGGCGCUUGCGCACAUCCUUGAAGAGGGCGGAUACGCGACGGCUGCAAGCCAGGCCAUGUGGCAGAGGUGA